GCAGCUACAGGCGGAAGUUGCUGCUUUUAAAUUCCUCUACUUUGUGCGUGUUAAUGAUUGAGCGGUCGCUCUGUUUCGCGUUUUUCUCUCCCCGCUUUUGGACGUUUGCGUCUGGGAGUUGUCGCCCCCUGGUGGCCACUGAGAAUAACACGUGUGAGGAGAGAGAGAGAGAGAGAGAGAGAGGGUGAAGACACGGGCUCAGAGCAUGUCGCCUCCUGUUGCUGCACCUCACUGUGGGAUUUGCUGUCGACCUUUCGGGCUGUACACAUGAACGGAGCGAGCGUCUCCACGCAUUUACUCGCAACGUGCGACCGGAAAGCUCGGAAGGGGUGAAGCGGCACGGCGGCUGUUCCGAGUCUGGAGGGGAAAACCAGGAUCGUCUGCGGGGGAUUUUUUUUUGGCACAACUUGGCAGAGAAGUCGCCUGCCGCUGUUGCUUUCUGCUGGAGGUGCCUUUUUUUUCCACCGUCCUGAGCUGUUUGCAGGGAAACUGUGAAGCGAGCGUGGGAAAGCGAGCAACAGAUGUUUUUGGUGGAUAUGAGGUCGGAAUGAAAGCGGCAGCGAGGCACCGGCGGCCCUUCCAGCGGUUCUGCUGCUGUGGAGUCGGGCUGGUCGCCGUCAUUUGGGUCGCGCAGAUCAUCCAGGCACCAGAGACCGGGUCUUCUGGGAUUCGGCCCAGCGUGACCGGUGGCACGUGGCGAUCGACUCGCAGGCUUCUGCAGGAGAAGUCGGACAACCAGAGCCUGGAUCAGCCUCGAGCAGCCAUCCAUGAAUUUCCAGAGGACAUCUUCACCAAGGAGCAGAGGAAGAAGGGAGCUGUGCUUCUACAUGUCCUCUGUGCGAUCUACAUGUUCUACGCUCUGGCCAUUGUCUGUGACGACUACUUCGUCCCUUCCCUGGAGAAGAUUUCAGAGAACCUGCAGCUCAGUGAAGAUGUGGCCGGGGCAACGUUUAUGGCUGCAGGAAGCUCUGCCCCUGAGCUUUUCACCUCUCUCAUCGGUGUCUUCAUCACUAAAGGAGACGUCGGGGUCGGCACGAUCGUGGGCUCUGCCGUCUUCAACAUCCUGGUCAUCAUCGGCCUGAGUGGGAUUUUUGCAGGCCAGACUGUGACUUUGACGUGGUGGUCCCUUUUUAGAGAUUCCUCCUACUACAUCCUCUCUGUACUGGCUCUCAUCAUGGUUAUCUAUGAUGCCAGAGUGGUGUGGUGGGAGUCCCUGCUGCUCAUGACCAUGUAUGUGGUCUACAUCAUCAUCAUGAAGUUUAACUCCCAGAUUAUGGUGUUUGUGAAGCGCCAGUUCAAGAGCGUGGGACCGUGCUGCGUCAGGUCGGAGGCUGCCAGAGAGGACAAGGCGGGAGAAGACGCCUCCGCUUGCAACACCUCCAUGGUGCUUCUCAGCAAAGCCCACAGUCAGGAGCCUCCUCCCGUCAUCAUGGUGGAUGAACUCCUCAUCCUCAACCCUCACAAGCUUUCCUUCUCCGAAGCUGGUCUGCGUAUCAUGAUCACCCCCCACUUCUCCCCACGCACCAGGCUCACCAUGGCAGGACGCAUGCUGAUCAGUGAGAGACAGAGGCUGAUCCGUACUUCAAAGAACAAGCGCGAUGGUGACGCCGGCUCAAGGGGAGGCUCAACCAGCAACAGCCUGAAGAGAACAGGCUCCUGCAGUCUGGAGAAUGGAGGAGGGAGACCUGGGAUAGGAGACACAGAGUCACGGGAAAAGCCAGGAGUUGCGGUGUCCCAGCCGGAGGAGGAGGAAGAGGAUGAAGAUGGGAUUUUUAGUCCCAUCCGCAUACCUGGUGGCUGCUGUGCGCGGGUGAAGUGGGUGAUCACGUGGCCUCUGGGACUUCUGCUUUACCUCACUGUGCCUAACUGUGUUCUGCCACGCUGGCACCGCUGGUUCAUGGUCACGUUCGUGGCCUCCACCCUGUGGAUCGCUGUCUUUUCCUACCUCAUGGUGUGGAUGGUCACCAUCAUCAGCUACACACUAGACAUCCCAGAUUACAUCAUGGGAAUAACCUUCCUGGCAGCAGGGACGAGCGUGCCAGACUGCAUGGCCAGCCUGAUUGUAGCUCGACAAGGCAUGGGGGACAUGGCGGUGUCUAACUCCAUAGGCAGCAAUAUCUUUGACAUCCUGCUGGGUCUGGGUUUCCCCUGGGCUUUGCGUACCCUUGUGGUGGAGCACGGAUCAUCAGUCCCCAUAAAUAAUAAGGGGCUGGUGUAUUCUGUCGUCUUACUGCUGGCGUCCGUGUUUCUAACAGUGGUGAGUGUUCAUCUGAACCACUGGAAGCUGGAUCGCCGACUAGGUCUGGGCCUGAUGUUUCUCUAUGCGAUCUUCCUGCUCUGCUCCAUCCUGUUCGGGCAGAUGUGAGGCCCGAGGGUCAAAGGUCAACCCCGUCAGACAACAUGCUAUAUGAGUAUCUACCUGUCUACCACACGUUCCUGAAGCCAAAAAGAGUGGUAACGUUGUUGUGUUCCUUGUGAACGUUUCUGUGCACCUCUGUAGGUUUCCUAGAGUUACACUGUACACAUGCAACUACACAAAACAGCAAAUGUUCCCCUCGUCUUUGUACGGUGUAGUGUUUGAACGUGAGACUUUUCAGGAUCGAACAGGGCACCAGACCUUGAAUGACAUGGCAGAUGGAAGCAGCUGGAUCGCUGGGCCUUCAGUAGCUCUGUGAAAGAGAGAGUGGCGCAAAUGUGGUAACAUGAUUCCACCUGACAUGAGUCGGGUGGUUGCACUGUGUGGAUGCGUAACUAAUAUUUAAAUGAUAAGCAAAAAAAAUGAAGUGUCCAUUGUUUGACAUUGGCUUCAUAGUUUAUAUUCAUUUUUAAUCUCAUUAAAUUGUUUUUUCCUAAUUUAAACAGUAGUUGCUGUGAUCUGCCACAUGAGCUUCACGGCAAACUAGUUAUGAUAAUAUAUGUUUACAUGCAGAUUCUACGCAUUGGUUUAUGUUCCCUUCAAUGAGUACGAGUCGUUCCACCGGCGUCUCAUCCUUCCAGGGGCUCUUGAUUACUGACGGUGCAGAGCUUUUGAUUAAUACAUUUUAUAUUUGUAAUGCGUUGAGACUGUGGCCAAGCUAGUUAAUUACAGGAUCAUUAGCCUGUUGAUUGAAUCAGAAACACAGCCCUGUCGUGUCGCUCGUACAGUCCGUCCGAUCAGUCUGAGCUGGAAGCGGCUGCAGGUGAAAUGAGGCAUUAUAAUCUGCCAUGUCAUACAUCACAUUAAUGGAAUUGACUGUUGGCCUUAGGUUUGAAUAACCUUGUUUGUUUUUGAAUGUAAAACCUCUUUGACUUUACCUUUAGUGUGCAGAUAUUUAAAUGCAUUCAAAUGUAGCAGGUGGCACUGAACUGACUGACUAAAGCACAGAACCUCUGAGCAUUUAGGCCCACGCCUAAAAGACUCACAGUAGAAAGGUUGACAUGACAAUGCACCUUGUGAUAAUACGUUCAUGCAUUUGCCUCAUUACUUAUAAGCAAGUAUUGUACGUAAAAAGAUUAAUCUAGUGUUGCAGUAUUUUUAGGGGACUUUUACCAUGAAACCUAAUACAUUCUGUAUUUCUGAGUGUCACAAACCUUGAUGAGUUUGAGUAAAGGUUAGUUGUAAAACUUCCUGUUUAGGUACGACAAUCGAUGUUUAUUUGAAAUUAUUUCACUUUGUUGGAACAUUUUCUUUUUGUGGCUUCAGAGUUGUGAAAUUUAAAAAAAUGUCUCCUUUAGAAUUUUCGUCCUUAAACUAAUUAAAGGGAACUAAUGUAAACAAAUUAGGCAAAUGACCCUGGUUAAUGCAAUUAGUUUUUAUUUGUGUGGGGCCAAAGUAUGUGAACCUGUGUCUUCAGUCAUUGGUCCGACCCCAUUCUGCAGCAAUAACUUCAACAGCUUCAACUCAGGGAUGCUUAUUGGCUUCCUUUCAUGACCUGAUGUUCCAAAGUAUUGAAUUUUCGCUUUAAACUGUUGUAGUAUAACUUGUGUAUCUGUUGUACUAUGUCGAGCUUUAGCAUGUGGGUGCUUGGAUCUUCUGUAGAAUCGGUUCCUCAGCUUACUGUACGUCAUGAUGCUGCCACCGUGUUCUUCAGAUGGGAGACACUUCAUGUGCUGCCGUAUUGCACUUUAGUAUUUGCUAGUCAGCCACUUCCAGGUCUUAGAUGCUCUCCAUUUUUAUGGUUCACAUACCUUUGCCAAACACAUUUUGAUCCGAUCAUUUGCACGGUACAAACAGUAACUCACGUUUUUGUCUUAAUAGUGAGUAAAGGGUUCAGGCUCCACUGUGUGUGCACUGCCUGCAUCUCUUUGUAUUUACCAGCUGCCUGUCUGGCUUUCAGAAACAGGCAAUUCCCAUAAAACUGAUUUCACUUUUUUUUUUUAAACUCUAGUUUGUUUUAUUUAUUGUUAUUUAAACCGUAAACUCAAGACUAAAUGUUCCAGCAAAGCGUUUAGACAUUGUUUUCUCAAAUGGCUAAAUAAUUAUUAUAAUUGUCUACUUGGUGUACUUUUUACUGUUUAUAAAUGUUAAAUAACAUAGUUUUACAUAAUGAAUGUCUGACUAGUUUUGUGGUGUUUUGAAAAAUGUAAGCCUACUUGUGAACCAUUGUAACAGAGUGAAUGCAUCUUUUGUUAAGUGGAAUAUUAAGGCGUUAACAUAAGACUCGCUGUGUGUGCGUGGAAUUGAGUUGAAAAAGCGUUUAGAUUUUUUGAAAUUUCACUAGUCACAUUGACGUACUGAAACCUGUUUUAUUCUAAUUGAUUUUUAUAUUUGUAAAAUAUUACAAGCUAGUUAAUUCAAAAUUCUCAUGCCCUAACAUUUGCCCUACACUUACUUACUGUACUUUUGUAUUUCAUAGUGUUACCUGCAAACAUGGAGGAUAAGAAGUACUGCUUAAUUUAAUGACUAUCCUUUUUCUAUUUAAUUAGAAUUACAUUUCUAUUAUUGGUCACAAUAUAGUGUGAAUUUAAAACCCUGUAUCUUUUCUGCUCAAAUGUUGACUGAAUUAUGUUCAGCAAAAAUGUUCAAUAACUAGAAAUUCAUUAAUCUGUCAUUAGUCUUUAGGCUCACUAGUCUAUAGCACAUACUACUUUUUAAGCUAAAUACUGGUCUGUGGAAGUGAAUCAGGAUGUGACUUUCUACCAUUUUAUAGACUAAUUAAUUGGAAACCUAAUUGCAGAUGUUAUUUUUGUUUUUUUGGGUAAUUUUUGCAUUACCGGAAGCAGAAGUUGUCUCUUUGGAUCUUCUUCCAUGCUAAACAUUCCCAACUCUACCUGAGGACAAUUUAGGGGAACAUGUUCUUUGAGUCACCUGUCGCAGUCUUUGCUGCAAGCUCUCACAGCACGUAAACGACCACGACAGCACCAAAUCCAACCGCUGAGCUUCAGUGCUUGUUGUGGUUUCACAGCACCCAGAAUGUCCUGUUUGUUCUGCUGUGAUGUUGGUUUAGAGUUCAAAUGUGUUGCUGUAGAGGUCGUAUUGGAUCAUAGACUGUUGUAUCUUGAGUGCAAUAAAAAUGUGCAAUAACAA